UAUAUAAAGACGUUAUUUCCAAUAGUGAUCAUUAUUCAAAGUUAAUCUAUACUGACUUCAUAGAGUCAUUCUAUAAGAAAUCAUCUGUUGAAGAUUUUCAAAUCAUUGAAAAUGAAACGAAUCUUGAUAUUAUUUAUUUUGGGUUCAUUGACGAUUGAUAACACCAACGGGUGCAGUUGUGCUACCUUUCCACUUCAAACUAAGUUUUGCAAAUCUGACUUUGUUAUUAAAAUAAAAGUUACGGAUAUUCAAAAAACGACAGUACUAACAAGUACUACUAAUAUAUACCACGUUGAUAUACUAGAAACUUACAGAGCAAAUGCUGAAGCAGUAGAAGCACUCAAACUCAAAUAUUUAACUACUGAUCCAUUCCGAGGAAUGUGUGGUCUUCGACUUCGUCGUGACCAAAUUGCUGUUGUUGGAGGAAUCAUAAGUGGUGGAGAGCCGGCAAUUAGUGUCUGUAGACUGCAUAUAAAAAGUCCUCAAGAAAUUGAAGCUCAGUCUGUUAAUCUUCGUGAAAAUUUUUCUAAAAACUGUACUACAGCGUAAAUUAAUUAAAUCGCACACCUCAAGCGCGAUAGCGCUGAGGGUGCUUUAUGGACGGUUUUUUUUAUUUGACGAUUUUACUCACAUAAAAAUCUUUCUACACUAUUUUUUUUCAACCAAGAUAGAUAAAAUUGUAUACUAGCAUAUAGAGAAUUUAUUAAGGAACAAUUUGAACCCAAAAUUAAAUCGAUUCAUUAUUUUAUUCGUUUAAAAUAAAUUAUUUUAACUCAAGAAACCAGUGCUGUCAAUUGUUACGUAUAAAACUUCGUAAACACGACAACUCUCGAUAGACACCAUUAAUCGGUCUAACUUUUUUUUUAAUCUUUGUAUUUUUCAUCACAAGAACCUUUAUAAAAACUACUAUCUGAAUCCUUUUAGUUUAAUUGGAAUUAAUAAACGACGUAAAACUGAUUAUUCGUGAAAAAUUUAGCAGUUAUUUUUACUGUUGUUUUUAUGAUAAAAAAAAAAUAAAAAAAAUUAAUUUAUCAUUUUUUGGAAAGGGGCCUUCUUGUCCAGAGAAUAAAAUUUUUUGUUUCAAAAAUUCGUCGAAAUAUACAUGAAUUUGAUCGAAUUAUGACAGAACUCAAGACACAUGAACUCUUUUAGGUAACACAAAGAUAUCUUGCAUUUAAUAUCCGCGGAGCAAAAAUUAUAAACAAUAGUUUACCUGAACAGGUUAACAAAAAAAACAAAAUUUUCUAAGUUUUUUCUGUCUAGUGACCGGUAGCAUGCUCGGAAAAUUAUGAAAUUUGCUACAGGAUCUUCCUAGGAUAUCUCAAAGAUAUUCUGUAUUUAAUAUAGGCGGAGCAAAAAUUAUAAACAGUAGUAUACCUGAACUGGUCAACAAAGAAAACGAAAUUUUAAAACUUUAAACAUUUUUCGCAUAUUUUUCAAACAGAUUUCGCAUAUAAAAGUACUUGUUUUUGAGUCAAUUUUUUCUCAAAACACUAAGGAAACUUUUCGAACAAAUUUCGAACAGAUUUCGUACAUGAAAUUUCUCUGAUUUUGAAUCCAUAUUUUUUCAAAACACUAAGGGAACUUUUCGAACAAAUUUCGAAUAUUUUUCGAACACAUUUCUUACAUAAAGUUUCUUGGAAUUCGAGUCUAUUUUUUCUCGAAAUACUAAGGAAACUUUUCGAUUAUUCUACGAACAAAUAUCGUACAUGAAGUUUCCAUAGUAUUUUGAGAAAAAAUAGACACAAAAUCAUAGAAAUUUCAUGUACGAAAUUUGUUCGAAAAGUUUCCUUAGUGUUUUGAGAAAAAAUUGACUCAAAAACCAGUACUUUUAUAUGCGAAAUCUGUGUAAAAAAUAUGCGAAAAAUGCUCAAAGUUUGUUUAAAAAUUUUAGUAAGAUUUUUAAGUGAAACUUUCAAAAUCUCAGAAAUUAAAAAUUAUAAAAAUUUUCUUACUUAUCUAGAUUGAAAGAAUUCAAAUAUUUGAAAAACUACAUGUCCGAAAAAAAAAUACAAAUAAUAUUUCAUAAAAAAUUUUCUGAACGAAAAACUAAAAUCAUUGAAUGUUCGAAAAAUAUGCAAAAUUGUGUCACGUUUCGAUGUUCGAGCUUCGAACAUUUUUUUUCACACGGGUUGGUAUAAGAAUUUCAAAAUGAUUUUAUAAACUGUAAUAAUCAAUUCCAUAACAAAAAAUAUUAAUACAAUCACGCUUACCUUGUGAUUUUUCUAAGCAUAUUUUCAAUUUUGAUAUUAAAAGGACAGAUGUUAGAAUACACCUUUUUGACUGCAGCAUUUUUUUUUUUUUAUUUUUAGACUUCAGAUAAGUUUUUUAGUAAAUUUUUCAGAAAAAAAUUUAUACGCCUUUUUAGUUUUUGGUCACAAAGUUUUCAAAUUCCUAAAGCUGAAAGGGUGCAUAAUUAAAGACAUACGCCCUUUUAGCUUUGGGAAAACAAUGUUUGAUUUUCAAGCGUAGAAAAUGUUUACUAAUCUAUUGGCAAUGAAAAAAUAAAAUUUGUGCGCCCUUUUACCUUUAUGAUAUAUUUUAUCAUAUAUGUUUUCACAUAUGAAGUUUUUUCAUGCGGGCAACCAUUAAUUUUUAAAUGAAGCGAGAAUUCAAAAUAACAAGUAAAUAAUAUUUUGAAGAUUUAUUUAACUAAAAUUACAUUAUUAACCGUUACAGUUGCUACUUAAAAUUGUAUUUACA